CCAGAGUUCUCGUUGUAAUCGAAGAGUCCUUGCAAAUUUCCUUUGUAAGUGCCUGGGAGGCGACUUUGCUGAUUUUAGUAGGCCACCCAUUCCCUCUUGCGUGGUUCGUAUUUCCACUUUGCUUUCAUUUUUUUAUAUUAUAGUAUGUGGUGGAGGAAGCAUUGUUGAUAACGAAAACCCUAACCACAAAUUUGACUUGAGUAAUAUUCCCAUAACUAUUCCUCAUAGUAUAUAUUUUGUAACUGUUACCCGUCAACUGAAGAAUGUUGGAGAUUUUAUUCAUUUUGGUGCAGAAACAAUUCAAUAUAAUUCUGUCACUGGUAACUCUGAUAUUAAAAUUGACAUGACAUCUGAAAAGAUGAUAAUCGAGGCUACUGAUAUCGAUUAUCUAAGAACUUCGUCUAUCAAUAUUGGUGAGUCUGAAAGUUCUCACUCUACAAUAUCAGAUACACUAUUAAUAAUCGAUAUUAUUGAUGAUGAUAUUGAUUCUACUAUAACAAAAGCACCCCAAGAUCAGUAUGGUUCGUUUAGAAAAUCCGUAGAUCCUGUUAAUGCUAACAUUGAAGCUAUCCCAUCCUAUAAUAAUAAAGAAUAUCAUACUAUUGAUGCCAACAUUAAAGCUGGUCCAUCCAAUAAUAAUAAAAAAUACAAUACUACUAUUAAAGAUUAUCUGAGUGAUGAGAAGCAAUUUGAUCAUAAAAAUUCUCAGCCUACCAGAAAAGAAAUAGCUAAAGAAGCAUUAGCUGAAUUUCAAGAUAUAGUUGAUCUUAAUGAAUUGUAUGAGUUACCAUCACCUCUUGAACUUACUGAUCCAUUAUUUGAAAUCAAUUUUGACUAUAACCACUCUUAUAUUACUACUAGUCAUUUAAAUAUUCUCCUUGAUGUUCUGGAAUGGGCUAACUUUUAUCGAUUACCAAAUAAUACUAUUGAAACCGAUGUUGAAUCGGAUGAUAGAUCCGAUACAGAAAAACAAGUUGAUCAUAACUUAACAUGUGGAUCCUUUAUAAUAUCUUCUUAUAAUAGCAAGUUAACUGCUAUAAACCUCCAUGUUGAUUAUCAGUUUCAGAAUCGUUGUGUCCCUGGAUAUGAUGCUAUUGAUGGACUAGACUUUUCUGAUGAUAAUGAUAAUUUAGCUAUGAAUAAUGCACCUAAUAAUACUAUCCAUCGACUUGACCCUGAAGUAGUUAUCAGAUCUGGCUUAAAAAACAAUAAAACUGUUGACUUUGCUAUGAACUUUUUACGAAUUCGAGGUAGAUUUUCUAUAAAAAAAUUUUCUUCAUUAGAUAAUGAUAAUAUAAACUUUACUGAAAACUUUGAAUCAGAAGCUAUACGUUCAAGUGAUGAUAUUAACUCUAUUCUUAAAAAAGAUAUUAACCUAAUACAUUCUCUUAUAAAUCUUUGGCAUAAUAAUCAUGAAAAUGCUCACCUAAAUAUUACUAUUACAGAAAAUUCAGACACCUUAGAAACGUUCAUAUUAGACUUAAACAAUGAACAAAAAAUGGCUUAUUACUUAUUCUGCAAACAUCAUCAAAAAAAUAAUCAAUUAUCCAAGAAUAAACCUUCUCAAUUAUUAUUUUAUCUUACUAGUGCGAGUGGAACUAGUAAAUUCAGAGUUAUUCAUGCAAUAUGUUCAUAUUUUGAAUAUACUUCACAAAGUAACAUUCUGAUAGUUUUAGCGCCUACUAGUAUUGCAGCAAUAAAUAUAUGUGAAAGUACUAUCCACUCUGCAUGCAGGUUCAGUUUCGAUGAAAGUCUUAAUACUCGUUCUAAUUUAUCAAAAGAAAAGUAUGCUAUCAUAGAUGAAACUUCUAUGAUUGGACAAAAUCUUCUUUCACGAUUUCACACAUUUACAAAAAAAAUAAAAGCAAGUGAUGAUUCUACUCCAUUUGCUGGAAUUAACAUAUUAUUUGCUGGUAAUUUUAUGCAAUUACUACCAGUUUUAGACAAGGCAUUAUAUAUGUCUGAAAAAAUUACAUAUUUUUCACCUCCAGUUGAAAAUGAAACUUCGAAAAAUGACCCUUUUUACGCAAGCAUACUCAAAAAUAUGCAUCAUAGUAAUAUUACAGAAAUUCAACUAGAGCUCAAUCUUGAAGCUGUUAAAGAACAUGCCUAUGAUAAUAAUCAGUUUAUUAUUUACUCAUGUGUGAUGGACUCUUAUAAUCGAAAAAUUCUUACUAGGAAUAAUCAUAUAAAGUUUUUAUCAGUGUCUAAUAUUAAAGAAAAUAUACUAUGUAGAAUCUUAUCUUUAUCGAUAAAUAUGAAAGUUGUUUUAACAGUUAACAUCUGUACUAAUGAUAAUAUGGCUAAUGGCUUAUUAGAAAUUUUUCAACAAAUUGUAUAUGACCAAAAUUCGAUUGACUAUUCAUCUUCGCGUAAAAACAAUAUAGUGUUAAAAGGUCCUCCUAAGUAUGUUAUUGUUGAAUUAACUGAUAAAGAAUCUGGAACUUAUAAAACUCUUCCAUCCAAUUAUGUACCUAUCUAUUCUAUCAAAUGUGCCUGCGUAUACACAAUUUGGAGACAUAAUAGAUCAAUGAUUCAUAGAAAUUUUCAGCAUUUUCAACUUCCUUUAGCAUCUGCAUACACGUUUACAGACUUUAAAUCUCAAGGAUAUACUCUUCAAAAAACAAUCGUCAAUCUAUCAGGAAGACAUGCAAAUAAUAGUGCAUAUAUAAUGCUUUCUAGAACACAAAGUUAA